AUGGAUAUAUUUGCAGCAGUCAAAAAUUCCAGUGACCUGAAGAAGCUAACCGCGGAUGAGGAAGGGUUGGUUCGUCUUUUGCAGGAAGCGGAACUCUUGCCGCCAACGCAACAAUGCAGCAAGUGCAAGAGACAAAUGAAGCUGAAGGUAACCAAGCGCUCCAAUGCUUGCAAAUGGAUUUGUAAGCCUACAUCGAGCUGCACCGGCUGGGAAUGUACUGUCCGCACGGAUAGUAUUUUCAAAAAUUCGAGGCUGUCUCUAUCCCAGUUGAUGGAGAUAACCUUCGAGUGGUCUCGAAAUACGACGCGGAUGGUUGCGGAAGCUGAAUGUGCAGCCGGUAAGACAGCCAUUCUAAAAUGGUUCAAAAUACUCCGUGAAAUAAGCGCUGAAUAUGUGGAAACCCACCGACAACAGAUCGGAGGCGAAGGGCUCACUGUGGAGAUCGACGAGUCCGUCAUUACCAAACGGAAGUACCACAGAGGACGGAUCGCGGACAACAACCAGGUUUGGCUGGUCGGUGGUAUUUGUCGGGAGACAAAAGAGAUUUUUCUGGAGCUGGUUCAGAAACGCGACGCUGGCAACUUGCAGGGCAUUAUAAUGAACAAUGUGGCCCCCGGAACGACGAUUGUGACGGAUGGUUGGCGUGCCUACAUCGGAUUAGACGGAAAAGGUUGGGCUCUUGUUCGUAAAACACUGACCUUCCACAACAGUGCUUAA